AUGCGAGAGAACGUGGACGCGACUGUGGUAGCGGGGGCGAGGAGCCCUGACGAAGAUAAGAACGGAAUCGAGAGGGCGAUGGCGGAAUUGGAGGAAUGGAUUAAGAAGAAGGUUGAGGUUAUUUCCGCACUGGCGGGCGCGAUAAGGACGGACAGCACGUCAGCCCAUGCGGAGUCCAUCCGCGCCAAGGUGCGCGGAGUGGGGAAGUCUUUGCGCGGACUUGAGGGGCGGAAGGCGCAGGGGGGGAAAGGCGGGGAUGAGCGGGGAGAGGAUAAGGAGGAGCGAAGUGGGGAUGAGGAGGGGAAGGAGGAUCAGGGUAAGAAGGAAAAGGAGGAAGAAGGGGGGGAGGGGGAGAAGGAGGCGAAAGCGGAGGCAGGGGAAGGGGAGAAGGAGGCGGAAGAGGAGAAGGAGGGGGGGGGGGAGGGGAAGAAGAUAGGGGGGAUGAGGGACGAAGAGGGGGAGAAGACGAUUGACCUGGUAGACGGGACAACGGAGGAAGGGGAUGAAGAAAACUUGAAAAAGAACUCUGCUGGAGAAGCAAGGGAGGAGUUGACGCUUGGGCUGCAGAACGAGCGAGGAGAAGCGCCGGUGGAGGCAUCAGGAGAAGGGCUGGGAAGGGAGCUAAGAGGCACGCACGCGGCAGAGAGGGAGGGAGAGACAGAGGCGUGUGAGGGGGAUGAUGAGGAGGCUGAGGAGGACGCAAUGCAGGAAGGGCAGGCGGGUGAAGUGACAAGGGCAGGGGGGGUGAAGUGA